AUGCCGACGUUACGCCAGGCAGAAACGCCUCUCAGUCAACGACAAGGUACGUCAAAAACCUACAAUAUGUCGCAAAACGAGGCGAAUGCGGAGCAUCUGUCGGCGGAACGCUUUUCCGAGUUGGUUCAAGAAUUUGACACCUUCAUCUGUGGGGCAGACGGCCUAUUUGGUACAUUUGCUCGACCAGAGCCUAAUCCGUACUCGGUUGUAGGCUUGCUGUGGCUUCGUGAGGGUGUUAUCACUGACGCUUCCAAACUGAUUAAUCGGCUAGUUGAUAACAAGAAACAAGUUAUCAUACUUACUAACGAUACCACAACUACUCGAGCGGAUCAUGAGAAAAAACUGGCUGAUCAUCGGUUCAGCCCGAAAAUCACGAAAGAUGUAAUAGUGACUCCUGGGCUAAUUGUAGCCAAUUAUAUUAAGAAUUUUGCAAGUUGUAAUGGCAAGAAAGUGUAUAUAAUCGCCGCUGAAGGAGUGCAAUAUGAGCUCAAAGACAAUGGUAUUGGCUCAACUCGUGAUCAGCAUCCUGAAGCUCAUGGUUGCGCUGUGAACACGGCAAAUCGGCGGUACUGGGAGAUUUCAACUUCAGGACUACUUGCUUACAACAGGGUGAUCGGUCAACAAAUCAAUCAACCGAUAGAAUAUUCUCUAGGGGCUUCCUUAACAACGAACUCGAACUUCUUCGUUGUAGGAAUAGAAUAUUUUGGGCAAGGUCCGGAUAUAUUGGAGCCUCAGGGUAAGGAAGUGAUUGUCCUAAAUACCGACCUGGCCGUCAAGAGAGAAGAAGUUUGUGCAGUUGUGGUCGGCUUCGAUAAGCAUUUCAACUACAAGAAGAUGAUGAAGGCGGCCAAUUAUCUGCGGGAUCCGAGCUGUCUCUUCCUGGCCACCAAUGACGAUGCCACGUUUUCUUGUCAGAAUCAGGACAUCGUCGUUCCUGAUGCAGGCAUGGCACAGACUACUAAAGUCAUCUGCAGCGCAACUGCCCCAUGUAGUUUGAUUACCCGCAUAAUCCCUUCUGAGACAUGCCAUGCUUAUGACGUCAACGAGGGCCGUAGGUUGCUUAAUGAAUUUGAGCCCGUGGUUCUGCUGGUGCCCUUAAUGUCCAGUACGAACUCCAAAGUGACACAAACUUUGGUAAAUUCAAAUUUACACAACUCCAUUGCAGGAGCCAUUGUUGCCUCAGUCAGUAAAGCCAGUACUCGUGAGCCAGUUAUUGUGGGCAAGCCAUACCUUCCAGCCUUUGAAUUCAUUAAAUCAAAAUGGAAGAUAAACGAGAGUCGAACGAUGAUGAUCUGUAGCAGGAUAAGUACCGAUGUAAAAUUCGGACGAGAUCACGGUUUGCGCACGUUGCUAAUACUGAACGAGACACAACAGUUGGACGAGUUGGAGAAACUACGAUCAACUGGACAAGUCAACCUGCUACCACACUACUAUGCUACCUCGAUCGCCUCGAUACUUCCUUGA